GUAUUGGAGUCAAUAUGCAAUGAAGGAAGCGCAGAUAUUUGGCAAAACAAACAUCGUCACGGAUUCAUCUCCUAAUGAUUAUUGUGAUAUUCAACCCUUUACUGAUUGGACACUUAAUAAAAAUCUGGUGCCCAGAAGAAUAUUGGUAUAG